CCCUCCAAUCGCCGGCUAGACGCGGAACAGGGACACGAGAAGCAGAGGCCAUACUAUCGGCAGAAGGGGCUGCGAGGACUGCUGUCCUUCGUUACAUUUCGGUACAACUUGUACAAAACCGCGAGCAGGCUUUUAAACAACCCCGACUGGGCCAAAUAUUAACCAGCUGGGAAAGAUGGCGCAGCAAGACAGCAAGAAGAUCUUUUUUGAGAACCUGUCGGGAGCAGGGAAAGCCAUCGCGGUGCUCACGAGCGGAGGAGAUGCUCAAGGAAUGAACGCUGCUGUGCGGGCCGUGGUCCGAAUGGGGCUGUACGUGGGCGCUAAAGUUUAUUUUAUUCACGAGGGGUAUCAGGGAAUGGUGGAUGGAGGGGACAACAUAAGAGAAGCCACAUGGGAAAGUGUCUCCAGCAUGCUGCAAGUGGGCGGGACCGUCAUCGGCAGCGCCCGCUGCAAAGACUUCCGCAGCCACGAGGGCCGCCUGAAGGCAGCUCACAACCUGGUGCAGCGCGGCAUCACCAACCUGUGCGUGAUCGGCGGCGACGGCAGUCUGACGGGAGCCAACCUCUUCAGGGAGGAAUGGAGCGGCCUGCUCACCGAGCUGGUGGAGCAAGGUCUGAUCGAAGCCGACGCCGUGCAGAAGUACACGGCGCUGCACAUCGUGGGGAUGGUGGGCUCCAUCGACAACGACUUCUGCGGGACGGACAUGACGAUCGGCACCGACUCGGCGCUGCACAGAAUCAUCGAGGUGGUGGAUGCCAUCAUGACGACUGCACAGAGCCACCAGAGGACGUUCGUGCUGGAGGUCAUGGGCAGGCACUGCGGCUACCUGGCCCUGGUGAGCGCGCUGGCCUGUGGCGCAGACUGGGUGCUGAUCCCCGAGAUGCCUCCGGAGGACGGCUGGGAGGAGAAGAUGUGCGAGAAACUAUCUGCGAACCGCGCAGGGAUGAAAAGGCUGAAUAUCAUAAUUGUCGCCGAAGGGGCGAUUGAUCGUAACAACAAGCCCAUUACAACUGACUAUAUUAAGAAUCUUGUUGUCAAAAACUUGGGUUUCGACACACGAGUCACCAUCCUGGGGCACGUGCAGCGAGGAGGGACGCCGUCUGCUUUCGACCGCAUCUUGGCCAGUCGUAUGGGGGUGGAGGCCGUCCUCGCCCUUCUGGAGACCACCGCCAACACGCCGGCCUGCGUGGUCUCCCUGUGCGGGAACCAGUCGGUGCGCGUUCCUCUCAUGGAGUGUGUCCAGACGACUCAAGAGGUCCAGAAGGCCAUGGACCAGAAACGGUUCGAGGAGGCCGUUAAGCUUCGGGGCAGGAGCUUUGAAAACAACCUGAGGACGUACAAACUGCUGGCUCACCGCAAACCCGAGUCGGAGCUGCCAGUCAGCAACUUCAACGUGGCGGUGCUGAACGUGGGAGCCCCCGCAGCAGGCAUGAACGCCGCCGUGCGCUCAGCCGUCAGGGUGGGGAUUUCCGAGGGCCACAAGAUGUUUGCCGUCAGCGACGGAUUUGAAGGAUUUUACAAAGGGCAGAUUAAGGAGAUCAAGUGGGGCGACGUCGGAGGCUGGACCGGACAGGGUGGCUCCCUGUUGGGAACUAAAAGAACGCUUCCUGCGAAGCAUGUUGACAAAAUUGCUGAGCAGAUGCGAAAGCACAACAUAAACGCUCUGCUGGUAAUUGGCGGAUUUGAGGCCUUCCUGUCACUGCUGGAAUUGUCAGCGGCUCGUGGGAAAUAUGACGAGUUCUGUGUGCCCAUGGUCAUGGUCCCGGCCACGGUCUCCAACAAUGUGCCUGGCUCAGACCUCAGCAUUGGCGCUGACACGGCUCUGAACGCCAUCACUACU